AUGGGCACCGUACUGCCCCAGACUGGAAGUGGAGGAAACAUGAGACUCCCCAUGGCCAUGUUGACCGUUCUUCUGCUUCUCAGUGCUGCCUUUGCUCUGGGAGACGCAAAAUCAGGAAACCGCUUGUGUCCCCGCGGUUGGACUGACUAUGGAUCACGCUGCUUCAUGUUUGUCAAGACUGCAAGGACCUGGCCUGAAGCAGAGCGGCAUUGUAUGUCCCUUGGAGCAAACCUGGCGUCUGUGCAUAGCUCUGAGGAGGCGCAAUUUCUACAGGAUGUAGUGUCUUCCAAGACUGGCAGUUUCACUGCUACCUGGCUUGGAGGAAUUGAUACUAUUCUGGGACUGGUGGGAAAGGACAGGCUAUGGUUCUGGAGUGAUGGCGCUAACUUUGAUUACCAGAACUGGAAACAAGGAGAGCCCAAUAACAAUGGUGGCAGAGAGCCAUGUAUUGUGAUGAACUUUGGAGGUGAACAUGGCUGGAACGAUCUAGAAUGUGGAAAUGUAUUGCCCUAUGUGUGCUCCCGGAGAAUUUGCCAACUU